UAAUUAAUAUUUUUUAUGAUUGAUUUCAGGUAAAAAUCAAGAAAUAUUAAUAAUAAUAAUAAUAAUUCGUAGCUAGGUAGGGAGAGGCAUGAACACAGUAGAAGAGUUCACAUUUCCCAUAAUAAAUAAUAAUACAUCAAGCAACAAAGCUGUCGAUCCUUCGACCGCAGUGUUGCCUCCCCUCUGGAGAAUACCUUCCAUCAACAACGAGGGCGCCGUACAUGGGAGGAGGAUAACCAAGAUCCUCACAACCUUCGUCUCUUCAUCACAUCAUGAAUUACCACAAGCUCAAGCAGAAGAAGUAGAAGAUGAAAACAUUGUUGUUGCCGCCAAGUCAGAAGAAGCAGCUGCAGCUGAAUUGGAGAAGAUGGAUGUAUUGUGGGAGGAUUUCAAUGAAGAACUAUUAUUACAAAGCUGCAGUAAUACUGGCUCAUCCAUUUCUGAAUCUCACAUUGAUCAUCAUCUUCAUAGCAACAAUAAUUAUUAUUAUACUUAUGGGGGGGAACUAUUUGAUAAAAGAAAUGAAUCCGUAGAAAAAUCGACAAAGAGACGAAAGAACUUGGAAUUGGUUUUCAAGAUGUUCAAGAAGGUUUUCUUGCUGCCAAAUAAUAAUAUUGCCGCCGCCACCGUCAAGAAAACAGGUCACAUUUCCUAAUUUCACUUCACCCAUCAUAUAUUGUUUACACUUACUUAUAAUAUAUGUAAUAAUCAAACUUAUCUAAUAAUACUUAUCAUCACUACAUUUACUCAACAAAGUUUUAAUUUGUUGGAAGAAUAAUUCACACACACAUAUAUAUAUUCCCUUCUAGCUAUUCGUUUUAUUGCAUCUAGAUAUAACAUUCUCUAUAUUUUUCUUUCAUAAUAAAAAAUAAAUGCAGA